CAGAGAGACGGCAAGAGCAGGAGGUUAGAGAGAAGGAAAGAGAGGGGAAGGUUUCAGGGUUGGAGAGAUUGGCCUUUUAACUCAGUAAAAGCCACUCAGAUCUUCCAUUCAUCAGGGGUCUGUUCACACUGAGUUUCUGAGUGCAGGUACUGAGGAUGGCGCAACGGAUGUUGAUGGUGUGUGUGCUGGGUGCUCUGCUUUGUCAGGUGUGGAGCUCUGCAGAAGCUCAUCACAAAGAGCAAGAGACCCUUUACCCAUGGAGAAAUAAAGGCACAGGCAUGUACAGGGUGAAGAGGGACUGGAUCAUCCCUCCAAUCAGAGUGCUGGAGAAUAGCAAGCAGGUUCCUGAAGACCUCGUCCAGAUCAAAUCGGACAAAAUCUUUACAGGGGAGGUGAUUUACAAGCUAGAGGGAGCGGGGGUGGACCAGGAGCCCAAAGAUCUGUUUGAAAUUGAUGAUAUAACAGGAGUCAUCAGGAGCAAGCGGCCGCUGGACCGAGAGACUUACAACAGCUUCACGCUGAAAGCCUUUGCACUGUCUCCCAGUGGAGAGAGGCUAGAGAAUCCGUCCACCAUAGAGAUCGUGGUGCUGGAUCAGAACGACAACAGACCCGCCUUCACACAGAAAGAAUUCAGCGGCACUGUCCCUGAAUUCUCCGUCCCAGGCACCUUGGUGAUGUCAGUGACCGCCACUGAUAAAGAUGACCCUAUGACAGAAAACGCUUACCUGAGCUACUCUAUCAUUGGCCAGGAGAGCUUUCCUGCCAACACUUUAGACAAGACAAUGUUUGGUAUCAACAACGAGACAGGAGCCAUUUACACAAGAGACGUAGGCCUGGACCUGGAGGUGGUAAAAAGUUUCAGGUUGAAACUGCAGGUUGCUGAUAUGGGAGGCAUGGGAUUAACGAGUGAAAGUGUGGCGAUCAUACAUGUCACUGAUAUCAACAACCACGCCCCACAGUUCAGCCCUGCCACUUACAGCAUGCUAGCAGUGGAGAACAGGAAGGACAAUGAGAUCGGCCGGGUGAACGUGACAGACAGAGAUGAUCGUGGAACAGCAAACUGGGAGGCCAAGUACUUUAUUUCCAACGACCCUGAAGGCAACUUUGCCAUCACUACGGAUCCUGCAACCAACGAAGGAGUUCUGACCGUGGUGAAGCCUCUGGAUUAUGAAGCACAGCAUGAGCACGUCUUAUUGCUGAAGGUGGAAAAUGUCAAUCCUCUGAGCAUCAAGGCUCCCAGCGUCCCAGUGAGCGGCGCUUCAGUGUUUGUAACGGUGGUGAACGAGAACGAAGCUCCACGUUUCAGGGAGGACCCCAUACAGCUGGUUGUCCCUGAGUCUGUGGUCCCUGGGACUUUACUGACCAGCCAUAUCGCCUCGGACCCUGAUAAUUCUGACCUGAGGUAUGAGAUUAGUCGAGAUCCUGAGAAGUGGCUGGACAUCGACAGAGAUACAGGCGAAAUCUAUGCCAAGAGAACGUUCAACAUGCGAUCUCCAAAUGUUAAAAACAAUAUCUACAAUGUUAUUGUCAAAGUUACAGAUGCUGGUGGUGUGUCAACCACUGCCACCGUGGCCAUCACACUGAAGGAGACCAACGACUUCCCCCCCCAGCUCUUCCCUCUGAGCGGCUCUGUGUGCAGGGACACGGGCCGCGGCAGUUCUGGUCUGGUUGUGACGGCUGUGGAUGAAGACUUUCCUCCACACGCUGCACCCUUCAGCUUUGAGAUGCCCGACGAUGAUCUGUCAAUCAACUGGACUGUUGUUCAAGUCAACGAUACCCAUGCGGUGCUUCAGCCCCUCGUGGACCUGGAGGCAGGAGAGUACGUGGUCACAGUGUUUGUGUCGGACUCUGGCAGCCCAGUGCUGAGCGCGUAUUCUCAGGUCAAUGUGACCGUGUGUCGCUGUGACUCCUUUGGAGAUUGUAAGUCGGAGGCGGGGGCUUUCGUUGGAUCCAGUGUGGGAAUCAACUUCAUCGCUCUGAUCAUCAUCAUGGCCAGUAUUGCACUCCUCCUGUUGCUGCUGCUGCUGACUGUGGCGGUGACUUCCUGUGGGAGACGUCACCAUAUCAAGAAAGGGACAGGUCUGCUUGUCGGGGAAUCAGAAGACGACAUCCGUGACAAUGUCUUCAACUAUGAUGAGCAAGGAGGGGGGGAGGAAGACGAGAAUGCCUUUAACAUCGACAUGCUGUGGAAUCCACUUGAGGCCCCUUCGACCCCGGGGUCCUACUACCCAGGGUCCGCUGUUCCUCGAGGAAAGCAGCCCCUCAGGAAGGACGCUCCACAUAACCUGCCCUCACCUAUCUACCCACGGAGGCCGCCAGCAGACCCCACUGACAUCGAGGACUACAUCAAUGAUGGCCUGGAGGCUGCCGACAACGAUCCGAAUGUGCCUCCCUACGACACGGCCCUGAUCUAUGACUACGAGGGAGAGGGCUCCCUGGCAGGCAGCCUCAGCUCCAUCGCUUCAGGCAGCUCUGACGGAGAUCAGGACUACGACUACCUCAACGACUGGGGACCACGCUUUAAGAAACUGGCCAACAUGUAUGACCCACGUUAACAGGGACAGCCCCUCACAGAAGGACAUGUGUGCUUCACCACCAGUUAGGGAUCAGAGCUCAGGGUUUUUUUUUUCGGACCCAUUUGGCAAGAUUUUAGUCAAGGACAAGAUUUGAAGUGUGCCAAAGAAAGAUAAGUGCUAUGUAAAGGCUUGGGACUUUAAUCUCUAAGUGCCCUAGUUUAAAAUGGUUCAUUUGGACAAUACUGACAAAAUGCCUUGUGGAAAAAUGUUGUACUUAGCUUGGGAGAAGUUAAUGAGACAGUGAACUCAAGAGCUGAUACGAUCAGCCGAGAGGAAAGGAGCUGUGCUGUAAUAAAUGAUUGUCCAUGUCUGGUUUGUCCAUCCUCAGACUUGGAUUUCUCGGUAUUAAUGCAACAAGCCUGAGAAAACAAACCUUUAUGUAUUCUUUUUAUAUAUAAGUGAUCAUUUUAUUUUCAUUUAGUUUUUUUUUUUUUAUCACAAAUCCUCCAUUCCAGCUGUUAACCUUUUUGGAAAAAACCAUUUACUCAACCAAACAAACUGUACCACAAUAUAUUAUAUAGUAUCAAAUAGUUCGGAGGUGAAGAUUUUGAAUUAUGUUUUUUUUUUUUACUGUAUAUGUUCAUUGAAUUUAGAGUUUCCAGAAUAAAUGUAAGUCUUUUAUUAAGUGUGUG